CCAUAUUCAUAUCCUCCCUAUCCUUAUUGACAAGCAUGCAGAGGUUCAUUGCCACAACAAGCCGGAUCGCGCCGCGCUCUCUGGCCAGCCUGCGGGCAGCCCGCGUCGCUACCACCAGCAGCACGCUGCCUGCAUUGGGCAGCCGCAUGAUCGCACCCUCGACUGCCACACAAUAUCUCACUAGUCAGCGGAACAGCCCGCUGGCAAUGUUUGCGCGUUUCCUAGCCAGUGAGGCUGUCGCACGGCAAAGUGCCACCGAGGAGCUCGAGCAGCAGCCCGCUACAGCGCAGAUCGGCACCGAGUCCAAGAAGGCUGAUGCUGACGAGUACGUGCCCGUGCCUUUCGCCGACUACAAGGACAUCGACGCCAACACCAUGCGCGCCAUCACCAACAUCCUAAAGUUCAAGACGGCCAGCAAGGUGCAGGACAAGAUCAUCUCGCUGAUGCCCAUUAAGAACGAUAUCAUGAUCAAGGCCAAGACAGGCACAGGAAAGACAACAGCGUUCCUCGUGCCGGCCAUUGAUGUCCUGAAGCGCGCGUACGAGCAGGACCCGGAGCGCGGGCGGAAGGGCCGCGCCGUUGGCUGUCUGGUUCUGGCCAAGCAGAUCGCGGUCGAGGCCAACAAGCUCGCCACGUUCCACGGCUGGAAUGUCCAGUCGUUGAUCGGUGGUGAGAGCUCGCGCUACCAGAUCAACGACCUUGCGCGUAAGCGCUCGGAUAUCGUUAUUGGCACGCCUGGACGGAUUCUCGACUUCCUCAACAACCAGCCGAUUUUCAGCAGCCUGGCCGACAAGACCAAGCUCCUGAUUUUUGAUGAGGCGGAUGUGCUGCUGCAGAUGGGGUUCAAGAAGGAGAUUGACGAGAUCAUCUACCGUAUGCCAGAGGACCGCCAGACGUUCCUGGUCUCGGCAACCAUGGAUCGCAAGAUCCGCGAGCUGGCCCCGACCGUGUUCAAGCGUGGGUUUGAUAUCAUCGACUGCGUAGACAAGGGCGAGACGAACACACAUAAGAACGUCAAGCAGGAGUACAUCACUGUUGAGCUUUCGAACCACUUCCCGGUUAUCUGCGAUGUCAUCGAGUCGCACAUUGCAAAGUGCACGGCUGAGAACCACGGAGCCAAGAUUGUCAUGUUCAUGCCGACCACCAAGAGCACAGACAUGUACGCCAAGCUGAUCCGCAGUUUGCUGCGCAAGGGUGUGGCGAACCAGAACAGCGGCGGCAACCGCUUCGGCAACCGUCGCCAGCCACACAAGCGCCACGAACCGAAUGGCGAGGAGGUCGUUGACAUUAUGAUGAUCCACGGUAAGAUGUCACAGGACGCACGGUCGCGCGUGUCGGAGAGGUUCCGUAAGGCGCCGAUCCGCGCCGGCCACAGCUCGAUCUUGAUCACUACCGACGUGUCUGCUCGCGGCGUUGACUACCCCGACGUGUCGAUGGUCCUGCAGGUCGGCAUUCCCACUGAGGCCGAGUCGUACAUCCACCGUCUGGGUCGUACUGGUCGCGCUGGCAAGUCGGGCGAAGGUGUCAUUCUCCUUACAGAGAUGGAGACACAGUUCCUCAACCACCUAAAGAACCUGCCGAUCAAGCACAGCGAGAAGUAUACCCCUGAGUAUCUCGAGAGCAUUGUGGGCUUCCAGGGUGGCGAUGUCGCGCACCUGGCGAAGCGCUGGGAGGCAGCAGCGAUGUACACCGAGGCUGACAGGGUUCAGGAUACGUUCUUGUCGCUGGUCGGCUUCUACCAGGGCCACACUGAGCUGAUUGGUAACCCGCACGGCCAGGCUGUCCUGGAGUCCUCAGCCGAGAUUCUGAAGCCGUUUGACUGCCCGCAGCCGCCCCUGCCGCGCGCUCUGCAGGAUAGCCUUGGGCUGAACAGGAAGCCUCGUGGAUCGCGCUUCGGCAACAACAACAACCGGGGCAACUCGCGCUUUGGCAACAAUAACCGGAGCAACUCGCGCUUCCAGCAACGACCGACGGUGGAAACAGCAGAUUUCGGAAAGAGCGAGCGCAAAAACGACUAUGGCAACCGCUCGUUUGGCAAUGACAGGGGCUACAGCCGUUCGCGUAGCUUUGGCGAGGACGGCAACGGCUCGUCUGAGGGCGGAUACAGGUCAGGCCAGGGACACAGUGACCGCCCUAGGUUCAACCGUGACGGCGGCUCAUCAAAGAGAUCGUGGGAGCAGCGCGGCAAGACGGACGAGUAUUAGCCUCCCAGACGUACAUAUACCCCCCUUGUUCAGUAGCAAUGUGCGCAAGCAGUAUAUAGAGUGUUUCUAAUACAAACGCAUUUUAUUCUCC